AUGAGUGCAACAAAUACAAGUAAUACCAUUAUUGAUCCUACUUUAUUAUUGACUCCAUAUCAACUUAAUAUUUAUCUUGGUUUAUUCAUAUUUGUCACGGGUAAUAUCAGCUGGAUUGGCAAUAUCACCGUUUUUAGUUCUCGAAAUUUUCGUAGUCGAGCUUGUUCAGUAUAUCUAAUUGCGGAAUCAUGUUUCAAUUUUCUCUAUUUUGAUUAUGUCUUAGUUACACGUAUAAUUCAAAAAGGUUUUCGACUUCCGAUUAUCAAUCGUUAUGAUGUCGUUUGCAAAAUACGUCAAUUUCUUUCUCAAUAUACACAUCAAGUGGCAUUUACACUGUUUACUUUGGCCACUAUUGAUCGAUUUUUAUCAACGCAUCGUUCUAAUGGUAUGUUUUAG